AUGUCGGCAGAAAGCCCAGGCCCAAAGUCAGGCUUCAAAUCCUUCUUCUCCAAUGCCCUCCGCCCAAAGAAAUCCCGCCAGACCCUCCGGAAGGGUGGCAGUCGAUCCACGACAGACCUGCGGCAGGCCGUUCGUCCAAGUCUCGACGAUGCUCCCCCAAUGCCCGACAUGGCGCCCUUGCAAGUCCAUCGAAUGAAAUACCAAGCGCAACAUGCGAAUCUCGACUCCCAGCUAGGCGAACGCCAGGACUACACAACCAUUAUCCACUCGAUAGGAUGUUUAGAAAUGGACGACACCACCGGGCCCGCCGACAUCCACGACCCGAAUCGGAAACCGGGAGAAGGUGAUAUCGCGAAGUUAUCCUCGAGACUAUGGGCGCAUGUCGCAUGGUAUCUGGAUCCAGCCUCGGCUGCUAGUCUAGCUGUUUCCAGCUCCACAUUAUACCACCGGCUAGGACCUUGGUACCUUCAGGCCCUGGAAGCACCGCAGAACCGCGAAUACAAGAUGCAAUUCCUCAUUGGAAUGGAAAUCUCUCUACCACAUCAUCUGCUGUGUUUCCAAUGCGGCCGAUACCAUAGACGCACGCAGGAAGGCGUUGAACGUAUACGACCUGCUCACGUCCUCAACCCGCUAUUCAAGUGCCCCGAGGUAACAAACAUGCUGAACCCGCAGGCACGGACCCGUAUUACGCAUGGACGCACGCUGCCUUUUACAUUUGUGCAACUGGCCACGCGCGCGCAUAAGUACGGUCCUCAAUACGGUAUCUCCGUUGAGGAUAUGGGGAGACGCUGGCAAAGAGACAACUGGUCGCAUGCUUCGCGCUUUUUCAUUCAUGAAGGACGGCUUUUGAUGCGUGUUACGAGCCAGACGUUCGCGGCGGCGGCUCUCCCGCCUGCUUCUAUGCGAAUGCUCCUGUUCUCGCGCGAGGACUACUGGCCUUAUUUCUCUGCGUGCGCACACUGGCGCGACGGUGAAUUGAUGGCUGUUUGCAAGUGUGCGUUGGGACAUAUCCCCGAGCCACGGGAUACUGGUGGACUACAGGGUCUCGAGCAUAAGGUCAAAGACCGGAUCGCUGGACAACGCUUUGAUCCUAAUUCCUUGACGACCUUAUGUGGGUUCUGUCGGCCUAUGCGUCGAUGUCCUGAGUGUCCAAGUGAAUACCUGACCGAAGUCAAAUUGUGUGAAGACAAGUCGGAUCCUCGCAGGCUGGUGUUCAAGCAGGCGAUUGUGGUGACUCGGUGGACUGAUCUGGGUGAUGGGUCUACACCGAAUUGUUUGCAGUGGGGCGCAAUCAAUGGCAAACGGGAUGACUUUGACUCGUUCCAGCAUUAUGCGAAGCGUGGGAUUGCGAGUGUCUUCGAGGCUGCGUUUACAGCUGAUACGCUUCCCGGUCAAAGGGUUCUUUCUAUGAAUCCCAAGAAAAAGAAGCUGGGUGAGGCGGGGGAUACUUGGUAUUAG